ACUAGAAGCCUAGAAACAGACCUGGGCUGUUGUUGGGAAGGUGGCUGUUCCCUUGCACAGAACUGGGAGGCCAAUCUCUCCACUGGGGAGCCUGAGCCUAAGGGUGGUGACAGCUGUUUUCUGCCUCAGGAGAAGCAGAAGCCAGAGUUCUUGAAGACCAUCCCUGAGAAGAUGAAGAUGUACUCUGAGUUCCUGGGCAAGCGGCCAUGGUUUGCAGGGGACAAGGUCACCUAUGUGGAUUUCCUCGCUUAUGAUGUCCUUGAUCAGUAUCAAAUGUUUGAGCCCAAGUGCCUGGAUCCCUUCCCAAACCUGAAGGACUUCUUGGCCCGCUUUGAG